AUGAGUAUUGAGCUUCACAGGGCUGCCACAUAUUAUGUCUUAACAAAUAAUGAUGAUUCUGAGCCUUUUAUUCAAGAACAUAAAAAUUCUCUAGUCCACUUUGGAGUCCAAGAUGUGGAUGGGACACAUAGGCAUCAAUUUGCCAAUUGGUUUGAAAAGAGAAUUGAACAACUAUACAAGGACGGGAAAGUGAGUAAGGAAAUGCUUGCUUUGGCCCAUGGUCCUGAAAGGCUAGAAAUGUUUAUGAAAUGCCUACUGAUGAAGGAGAACCAUACCAAGAAGAAGAGGCUCAAAGGUGUAUACACGCAACUACCAACCAAAAUGAAGACGAAAGUAAUGAUAUUAACAACAGUGGGGAUGAGGGUGGAGAUGAGGACGAGGAUGAGACUAAAGAGACAUGCUCUGAGACUCAACCUUCUCAUGAUAAUGAAGUACAAGAAACUCAAGAGACAUGCUCUGAGACUCAACCUUCAAAUACCCAAGUACUUUAAUGAUUCAAUUUCCUCCAACAUUGUAACCAAAGAAGCAGCUCGGAAUAUAGGUGUACUUUUCAAGCAAGAGAUUAAAGGAGCUUGGGUAAAAUUUUCAGAUUAUCCAGAGACUCAAAGAUAUGCAAACCGCCCAGAGAAUGUACCUGAUCCUUCAAUAUGGAUUGCAAUGGUUGAUGAAUGGUUAAAGCCUGAGUGGCAGGAUCAAAGUAAAAGAAACAAAUCUAAUCGGGAAAAAUCAACAAUAGUGCAUACCACCGGUUCAGUUCCAAUGGCAAAAUACCAAAAAGAUGAGCUUGAUAGAACUGGAAUUGAACCCAGUCCAAUCGAUUGUUUCAAAAAAUUUCAUAUAAGUAAGGGUAAGAAUGGAGAAGGAGAAAAUUGGCCAAGCGAAAAGGCGAAAGAACUUUAUGAAAAAAUGGAAAACAAAAAGGCUGCUGUUGAACAGGAAAACCUUGAUGUCAAUGAUUGGGAUAUUUAUAGGGAGGUGAUUGCCCCGAGUCAUGGUAGUGUUCUUGGCUUAGGCGGUGGCGUCAAAGCUAAAGAUGCGUACUAUUCCUCAACUAACCAAAACUGUAAUAAGCGUAGGUGCGUGGAAUUGGAAGAAAACCAUGAGCAUUUGAAAGAGGAAUUGAAUGAUGUCAAAGGUCAAUUGAGCACUUUGCAACAACGAGUUCAAAUGCUGAUUAACAAUAACCCACAAAAUUCUGCUCACAGUGCAAGGCAAUCACCUAAUGCGGACAAUGUGGGAAGCUGUCCGAUGCUUAUCUUAGCUAGUGAUGAUGUCGUGGAAGAGCCCAACUAG